ACGCCGACAACAACAACAACACGUAACAAAAAAAGAACGAUAUAAAAUCAAGAAUAUCAAGAUUAUUGUGACAUAUUCAGCAGCAUAUGUACAUUUUUUGAUGUAACAAAACGGAAUUAAGAAAAGCAGAAUAGGGUGAAAUAAGAAUCCCUAAAGAAACAGAAGAAACAUUUGUUAAUGAGUUUAACAUUUGAUCCCUGACUGACAUUUGUAAGAGGGGGAAAAAAUUAGUAAAAUCAUGGGAUCAAAAAAGACAGAUGUACAGGCAGGCUGGAAUUCCAACUGUGAUAAAAUUGUCAAAGUCAUAAAAUGGCAUAUGCUCCACCACCACCACCGCCACCAACAGGACCUAAUAAGAGACCAUACCCUGAACAGUGGGCACAACCUGGAUACCUAGCAACACAAGAUGAAUGGGCUCCACCAAGAAAAGAGUCAAGGCCUCAAGGAUGGGAAGGAUAUGAUUUUAAACCUGCAAGAUUUGAAGAAUCACUUAUGGGUUAUCCAGUCCCUAAUAGUAUGAAUCCUCAAGGACCUCCCUUAAAACAUGAGCACCCAGCAACAUCUACAACAAAUACUAGUUAUAAUGCAUGGGCUGCAGGAAAAGGAUAUCAACAAGGGUCUGCAGGUGAAGGCUAUUUACCAAACAUGCCAUCAUGGGAUAAUUACCCUCCAUAUUACCCACCAAGGCCACCAGCAACUGAAGGCUACCCUCAAAGGCCUCCUGAGGGUUAUCCUGUUAGGCCUCCUGACAGCUAUCCUCAAAGACCUCCUGAGGGCUAUCCUCAAAGACCUCCUGCAAAUGAGGACUAUUCACGAUGGCCACCUGCAGGUGAGGGAUAUCCACCAAGACCUUAUCCUCAGGGAGAGUAUCCAUUUAGACCCCCCACAAGGGAGGAUUUUCCACCAAUGGCCCCUCCAAGAGGUGAUUAUAUGCCAAGGCCACCUCCGGGGGAGGAUUAUGCCCCAAGAGCACCUCAAAGGGAGGAUUAUCCACAAAGGGCUCCUCCACAUGAUUAUCCACCAAGGGCCCCUCCAAGAGAGGAUUUUCCACCUGUGGGCCCUCCAAGAGAGGAUAACACACAAAGGCCUUCAUGGGAUGAAUAUGCAGACCCUAGGUCAAGGAGGGAACAGGAUCAAAGAAGGAACAAUGAGGCAAGUCGUGAUUGGGAACAGUUUGAAAAUGGAUCUGAGAUGCCCAGAGGAGAUGGUGAUAGUGGUGGUCGAGGUCGAGGAACCCGGGGGAGAGGGCAUGGGGACCGUGGUAGAGGGCAUGGGGACUGGGGUAGAGGGCACGGAGACCGGGGAAGAGGUCAUUUUAGUGACAGAAGGGGUGAAGGAAGGCAUAUGAGAGGGAGAGGAAGUGUGGAUCAUGACCGAUUCAGCUCUAGCAGAGAUGAUGAUAGAAGACCUUUAAAGAAAGACUGGGAUGAUGAUAAACAUUAUAGAGGGCGGGGUCGUGGAGGAAGGGGCGGAGAUAGAAGGGGCGGAGAUAGAGGGUCAUUCAGAGAGCGUGGAUCACCAAGAGGUUCAGUAUCAGGUUCUUCUGUAGACGAGUUUGGUAGAGAUGUUAGAGGAAGGGAACGAUAUUGUAAGGAGGAUAUAAAGGAAGAUUUGGAUAUUAAAGAUAUGUCUAUGUCUGAUAAGGUCCAGAGACUAUGUGCAUAUUUGAAAAGUGACAAACCAUCUGUAGAAAAAAAUCCAGUUUCUAUCAUUAAGAAUGCUAUAGGGCACACAAGAAUUGGUCUUGAGACAACAUUUGAAUCAGUGAACAUAGGCAUUUCGAAAUCAACAACCCCGAUGUAUACAGGCGUGUUGAAGGUUGGACCAUUAUUUUUGGCCCGAGGAUUGAAGCCCAGUAAUAAAGAAUUGAAGAGAGAAGUUUUUGAGAAAGCCGUUGUUGUACUGAAGACUAAGACUAUACCAGAACUAUUCUGUUUAAAAGAUCCUGGAGUAGAAUCUGCAAAACAACAGUUGGAGCAGCAACUUCAAACAGAAUUACAGAAGUUUGAUGAAGAUUUAAUAAAGAAAGAAAAAAGUCAGGCCGGUAAACAUGAUCCAGAGAUGCAUAGUGUGUUAACCAGGAUUGUUAAUGCUCUUCUAACAAUGAAAAAUGUACCACAAAGUCCUGUUGCAGUCAUAGAGCAAGCAGUGUCCCAAUCUUGUGUGCUUAUUUCACAUGAAUUCCAAGCAGAUGUUGCAAAAAUGUCAAACGGUCUCUGUUUCUUCCGAGGUAAACUAAGUAUAGGGUCUGUAGUGAUUGGUCGAGGAGGGGAUAUAACCAAGAGGAAAUGCAAGCUGGAGGCGUACACAAAUGCACUUGAGCGUCUGAAAUCUCUGUCAGUGGAUGAAUUGAUGGAAUCUGUUGUAGAAAUCAAAGCAGUACCGGAUAUUAGAUGUAUAGGGGAAUCUGCCGAAAACCCAACAUUGUCACGUAUGAAAGCACUGAGUCAUGCUCUCAAACAUCAGAGGUGUAAAGAAGAUAUAAUUGUUCAGCUAGAUGUGGCAGUUCUGGUGAAAGGACUGACUCCUAUUAUUGUAUACAAACAAGUAGAAGACAAGGGAGAAAAAAGUGAUCAGAUGAUUUGUGAAUAUUACCUUAAUCAGAUAUUCAUUGUGUCCUGUGAAGGCACGGAGAAGCAAGAAUGUACGGUGAGGUUACACAAAGAAGCAUGGAAGGUGUUAAUGGAUGCUAAUAUUGAAGACAUUGUUUCAAAUAAUAAACGUAUAACAGACGAGGAAAUAAAAGACCCACGGCACCUUGAUGUUGUAAUCAAAGGAAAAGAGAGAUCUUUGGAAUCAAAUAUCAACCAUCUGAGAAAUUUUGGAUAUAAGAUAAGUGAAUGUGAGAAACUGGACUUAAAGGACUUGGUUAUAAUUGAACACAAAACUUGGUCAAAUGAUCGUAAAAGGAGGGCAUUCAGUAUACUUAACUACAGUUGUUAUCAAAAUGGCCUAAUAUUACAGUGGGAAUGGUUUGCUGUAGGAAAAUUCCACAGGUACAUAUUUUCUGUACAGAAGCAAGUCUUAGGAGACAGUUACGGUCCAAGAAGAAAUGCUACAAAAAAUUUGGCAGCGAUAGAUGCUCUCUUUAAACUGUAUGAAACCCAGGAUGUACUCAAGAUAGUCUCUCGACCAGAUGAUGCCCAAAAAUGGAUUCCUUGGUCGUCUAUACAAGAUGUUGCUGAUUCUUUAAGGGACACAUAUGCAGAUGAAGAGCCCCCAAUCGCUGAAGACCAGGAUGGCAACCCUAUACCUGACAAGUUUCUGUUGACAGUUUUAAGAGACAAAUUAGAACAAUUUAAGAAGAGAAUAGAUAAAGGAGAAGAUGAGCUGAUCAUUGGACCUGGUAUUCGUGCAGUAGACCUGCAGAAACUUAAACCUAUAGCAGAAAGUCUUAAAUUAAAAUGUGAAACUCUCAGUCAUGAUGGCAAGGUUUACUUGUUGAUUUAUGAGAAAAUACCAUGGAAAGAAAUUGUAGAACUUUUGAAAAACAGGGGCCGACCAUUUGGGCGGUUUGAUUUGGUGGACAGAAAAGAAUUGCCUAAGCACGAAGACAUUGCUAUUAAUAUCAUGAAGAAAUUGCCAAAAGAUGAAGAAAAUGCAGAUUCCUGUAAGUGUUCAGAGGAUCCUGAAAAGUUGGAUGAGGACCCUGAAAAGUUAGAUGAGGAUUCUGAAAAAAUUGAUGAGGAUUCUGAAAAGUUAGAUGAUAACCCGGAAAACUUAGCUGAUGAAAAGUUGGAUGAGGAUUCUGAAAAGUUAGAUGAUAACCCGGAAAACUUAGCUGAUGAAAAGUUGGAUGAGGAUUCUGAAAAGUUAGAUGAUAACCCGGAAAACUUAGCUGAUGAAAAGUUGGAUGUGGAUCCUGAAAAGUUAGAUGAGAAUCCUGAAAAAAUUGAUGAUAACCCGGAAAAGUUAGCUGAUUAAAAGUUAAAUGAUAAAAAAAAUACAUGUUGAAAAGUUAGAUGAUGAAAAGUUAGAUGAUGUAAAAUAAGAUGUUGAAAAGUUAGAUGAACUGGAGAGUUCAAAAUGAAAAAAGAAAUUAAUAAAAUAAUAUUGAAACUAGUUUGGAUUAGUGAAAAUUUCAUUUAGGAUUUGUUAAAAAACAGAGUGAUUUAAUUUCAGAAGUAAAUGAAGUUUUGAUUUUCUUACCUUAAAAAUGUAUUACAUGAUAAAAUAUUUUUACUGACUGAGAAACUAUGAGAAGGAUCUGUCCUCUCAGGUAUGAUAAUUUUCAUUGUUGUAUUAGAUAGUUGAUGUUUCACCAAGUUUUAAUCAUUGUAUGUACAUGCCUAUGUAGAUGAACAAAAUAAAAUUCGAAAAAACGUAAA